AUGCAAUUGGAGGUACCCAGCAUCCUACAGAUGGUGGAGAGGGAGAGCCUGGCUGGUGCUCACAGGGGAAGGCCAUUUAGGACAGCAGGGAAGGAGAGCAGCCUGGGAGAGGCCGAGCUGCAGCCGAGCUCCGACCCCGCGGGCAUGGAGAGCAGCUACCUCAGCGUGAAGGAGGCCGGGGGGAAGGUGCCCCAGGACAGGCCCAGCUCAGACCUGCCCAGCCCCAUGGACAAGGGCGACUCGGAGAGCAACAAGGGCAAGAAGCGGCGGAACCGCACCACCUUCACCAGCUACCAGCUGGAGGAGCUGGAGAAGGUCUUCCAGAAGACGCACUACCCGGAUGUCUACGCCAGGGAGCAGCUGGCCAUGAGGACAGACCUCACCGAGGCGCGCGUGCAG